AUGGUGUUCAGCGAGAUGGGAAUGCGUAGCAACACAGGUUUCUUCUUCUCUGAUGAUAAUGGCAACACCGAUGAUGAGUUUGAUGUGGAUAAGCUUGAGAAAAGGAUAUGGACGCAGGAAAUGCGGUUAAAACGUCUAAAGGAACAUAUCAAGAAUAAAGAAAGAGACGAUGAGCAACUGAUCUCAAAGUAUAUGUUUAAGAUGAUGGAAGUGUGUAACGCCCAAGGUUUUGUCUACGGGAUCAUUCCCGAGGAAGGGAGACCUAUUAUAAGUGCUUCUAGUAAUCUUCAAGAAUGGUGGAAAGAUAAGGUCAGGUUUGAUCUUAAUGGUCCACUUGCUAUAGCAAAACACCAAGAAUUAAAUAAUAUGAUUAAUGAAGAUUGUAACGCUAUUGCAAAUGGACUAGUUCGAAAAUCGCUAAGAGAACUUCAAGAUCCGACUCUUGGAUGGCUUUUAUCAGCAUUGAUGCCACAUUGUGAUCCUCCGCAGAGAAGGUUUCCUUUUGAGAAAAGAGUUAGACCACCAUGGUGGCCUACAGGGGAAGAGUAUUGGUGGCCUAGAGAUCAAGGUCUCGCGCCGCCUUAUAAGAAGCCUCAUGAUUUGAAGAAGUCAUGGAAGAUUGGUGUGUUGACUUCAGUUAUUAAGCAUUUGUCUCCUGGUACAAUACGUGAGAUUGUUACUCAAUCCAAAAGCUUGCGGAAUAAGAUGACUACUAAAGAAAAGGACAUUUGGUUUAACGUUAUUGACCAAGAAGAGGCCUCAAGACAUGAGAAAAUGUUGAAUACUUCAAACUUCGCGAUCAAUCUCGGAUUUCAAAACAUGAAUUCAAGAAAAAACUACCAACCGAGUUGUCCAAACCGAGAUUGUCUGUUUGAAUCAUCCGAACCGUUGAAUAUGUCAUUGUUCGAUGGUAGACAGAAGCAUAGAAGCUUGUAUGGUUCUUCUUGA